AUGACCGGAACUGCGCUCACGCCCGAACAGGUGUGGCUUGGAAAGCCUGUUGUCGACGGGCAUAUGCCAAAGCCCGACGAGAUCAUUCGCAUCCUCAACAUCAUCGUCAACGGCAUUGAGGGAGUUCAGGGCGGGCUUGUCGCCUUCGAUACCAAGGCGAACAUGGACGCCGAUCUGGCUCAUGACGCUGGCACGCUCGCCCUGGUCUACAACGACGCGACGAUCGCCAACCGCACGUUCUAUCGCAAGGUCGGCGCUUCGGGCUUGGGGUCGUGGGCGUCCAUUCCGACACUUGCGAACAAGUUCAUUCCGCUGACGAACGCGGGUGCCGGCACGGGCGAUGCGAUCCAGUUGACAUCCGAGCUCGCGCUGCCCGCCAAUGCCUAUGGCGGCAAGUUUCUCGCCGAGAUCACGGACGCGAAUACCGGAGCGGUCACCAUUUCGAUCAAUGGUGAAACCCCGAAGCCCUUGGUGACCAAUACCGGAACCGCGCUGGCCCAGGAUUACCUGGAAGUGGGCAUGGCGAUCGAGUUCGUCGACGAUGGUGCGAGCUACCGUCUGACAUCCGAUGUCGCCAGUGCGGCAAUCCAGGCCGGAGCGGAAGCGGCGCUAGCCAGUUUCAAUGAAAAAUACAUUGGCGCCUACGCCGACAAUACGGCGGCAACGGCGGCUGCCGGCGGCUCACCGAUCACGGGCGCGCUCUACUGGAACACCACCGAUUCCGCAAUGAAGGCGUGGGACGGUGCCUGGCAAAACCUCGGCGCCAUCAUUGCGGACGGGUCUGUGACUACGGCAAAAAUCGCCGACGAGGCCGUCACUCUCGCCAAGCUGGACAUGGCCCUUUAUCGGGCGGUCGGGCUGGCCACGGUUGCGGAGGUGAUCGCCGACACGCAACUUGACUACACCAACACAAAUGCGGGCGACCGCAUCAGGACCGAUCAGGGGCGGUUUGAGGCCGUUGCGUCCGGCGACGCGGACCCCGAUCUGACCACUGCCGGCGGUCUGAAGAUCAAUGUGCUCCGGUUCGGCAACACGGUCGAUGUCACUCAGUACGGCACGGCCAACGAUCGCUCCGCUGAUGAUACCGUCAAAAUUCAGCGCGCGCUUGAUAGUGGGGCUUCCAUCGUUACCACGGAUGGCAAUCACAGGGUUGACGGCACCAUCACGAUGCCGGAAGGCGUAUCCUUUGUAGGCAAGCGUCAUUCGGGAAUGUAUUUCCCCGGCGGUCCGGGCAGCGCCAUUCAGGGCGCCAUGCUCUACAAAGACAAUUCAAGCGCAGCCGGAUCAACCCUUGUCAUGUCGUCGGCUUCGGGGUUUUCGGGCAUCGACAUCCACCACAACCGAGACGGUGGCGGCAAUGACGGGAUUGUGCGCUUUGGCGACGAGACGGUUAGUUGCUGGAACGCAGAGUUCAAGAACGCCCGCAUCACUGGAAAGGUUAUGCGCGACCAGACCGGCGUGAACACCUGUCUUGGCAUCCACUUUCCCGCCGGUAACACAGCGGGCGUCGGUGGCGACAAUGGCAACGGCGAUAUUCAGAAGUAUGGCAACAAUAUCAGCGACUACAUGAUCUCUGAUAUCGAUCAGGGUAUCGUUCUGGGUGUGAACUGCAACGCAAACACGUUCAACAACGGUCGCAUUCGCAACAUCAUUCAGGGCAAAGGCAUCCAGUUCGCCGGCGGUUCUCACCCCGACCAGGCAUGUCUGGAAAACAAGUUCACGGGUCUGAUUUGCUGGAACAUUGGCUCGCUGGCCGAUGGCGCCGCUGCGGUCUUUACGCUUGGGGCCUACGCUGACCUCAAUCGCAUCGACAGCUUUUCCACCGAGUGCAACGGCACCUUCAUCGUCAUCAGCGCGCAGGCUGACAACAAUGUGCUGAUCGGAACGCCGAACGAGGCGCAGAACAAUGCUUGGGUAGACAACUCGGGCACCAAUACGCUGAUCGAUACCCAGGGCGUGACGACCUAA